AUGACCAGCAAGCACACCGAAGUCCUCGUAGGAAAUGGAAACUAUUACCACUGGGAAUUUAACAUGAGGAGAGCCCUAAAGAGAAAGGGGCUGCUGGGGCACAUGCUAAUUCCCAAGGACAAAUACUACAUUACGGAUGCGUGGCUCAUGAACGACGCCAAGGCACUGGGCAUCAUGGCUUAA